AUUUCGGACGUAACCAUAAGCUAAAAAACCCGGCGGGAGAAGCUGACUGUACUGCCAGAGCGUUUUAAAGCGUUUGUUAGCUCUUGAUUUUUUUUUUUUUUAAGUUUUUGUGUUGGUGUGGAAAGUGCCGCUUUUUUAUAUUAACACAAAAAAAAGUAAGCAGCGUUACGGGGGGAAAAGGCUGUUUUGAAUGAACCCCGUGUGAGUUUACGUGUAGUUUAGCGCGAAGCUAAAGCCCAGAGAGGCUGAGAGAGCGAUGGCGUUCCCCGAGCCCCGGCAGCAGCAUGGCCGGCUCCCGCAGCACCUUCUCCGGACUGUGGACUGUCAACAGGGCGCUGUCAGAGCUGUGCGCUUUAACGCUGAUGGGAACUACUUGAUGACGUGUGGCGGUGAUAAAAGCCUGAAGCUGUGGAGCGUGAGCCAAGGGGUCUUGCUCAAGACAUACAGCGGACAUGGCUAUGAGGUGCUGGACGCGGAUGGCUCUUAUGAUAACAGCCAGCUGUGUUCAUGCAGCGCAGACAAGACGGUGAUCCUGUGGGACGUGGCGACUGGGCAGGUGACCCGCAAACUUCGCGGCCACGCAGGGAGGGUGAACUGCGUGAGAUUCAAUGACGAGGCCACUGUAAUGCUCUCAGGCUCUAUAGAUGGCACAGUGCGCUGCUGGGACACUCGGUCCAGAAAGAUGGAGCCGAUUCAGACUCUGGAUGAAGCGCGAGAUGGCAUCAGCAGCCUGAAAGUGCUUCAACACGAGGUGCUGACUGGUUCUGUGGACGGCCAGGUGAGGCGCUACGAUCUGCGGAUGGGCCAACUGCACGCGGACUACCUUGGCAGUCCGAUCACGUGUGUGUGUUUCAGUCAGGAUGGUCAGUGCACCUUGAGCUCCAGUCUGGAUGCCUGUGUGCGUCUGUUAGACAAGAACACAGGAGAGCUGCUUGGAGAAUACACAGGACACCAGAAUAAAGACUACAAGCUGGACUGCUGCCUGUCUGAGAAAGACACUCACAUCCUGUGCUGCUCUGAGGAUGGUAACGUGUACUGCUGGGACCUGGUGGAGGGGUCGUUAACACUGAAGCUGCCUGUUGGGAAAGCUGUUGUCCAGUCGCUUUCCUUUCACCCCACAGAGCCUUGCUUACUGACAGCCAUGGAGGGGCAUGUCCAGAUCUGGGGGGUGGAGCCAGAUGAAAUGGACACGGCUGAGUAAGGCACAGUGAGAACCUUCACGUGGCCUGGACUUAUUUCACCAGAACAUCGGAGUUUUAAAAUUUUAGUGCCUUUUGUUCUUCAACAUUUAUAUGUACAGAGAUCAUUUAAUAAACCUGACUUGUUUCAUGUUUAGCUUGUUUUACAAAAUUUAUUUAUUAAAGUGAUACUGACACAAA